GGGGUGGGGGCUCUAGAACGCUAGGAACUACACUACCCAGAAGGUAGUGCGCCGAGUUGAGCCAAUAAAAGGUCAGGAUAAAGGCAUUUCCGUGCGUGCGCAUCUAAUCGGGGCGGGACUUCCGGCGUCUUCCUCGUGGCGGCCAUCUUUACUGCUUUCGUAUUUGUUGUCGCUCCGGAGCGCUGGGCCGGAACUUGGGUGACAGGGUUGAGAAGGUCCAAGAGGAGUCGCUGUCCCCGCUGCAUAGAGGCCGGUCUGAAGUUCGGCGACGCCGCCGGGGGUGCCCCGCGCCAGGCCCGGGAGAGUCACCGCCGUACCCGCGUCCACCCGCCUCUCCUGCCGCUACCGGCCCCGCUCUGCCCCCAGAUUCUGAUGGCGGCGGCGGCGGCGCUGAGGACCCCGCCUCAGAAGUGCAGUGUGACCUUUGAGGACAUUGCUGUGUACUUCUCUUGGGAGGAAUGGAGGCUUCUUGAUGAGACUCAGAGACGCCUGUACCUCGAUGUGAUGCUGGAGAACUUUGCACUUAUAUCCUCACUGGGUUGCUGCUGUGGAGCAGAGGAUGCAGAGGCACCUUUUGAACAGAUCGCUUCUCUAGGAGUGUCACAGGCUAGGACUCCCAAGGCAGCUUUGUCUUCCCAGAACACACACCCCUGUGAGAUGUGUGGUCCAGUCUUGAGAAACGUUUUCCACUUGGCUGAGUGCCAGGAAACACAACACAGCCAGAAACUUUUGAGGUGUGGAGCAUGUACAAAACGAUUUUGUUUUAGUGCAAACUUUCAGCAGCACCAAGAGCAGCACGUGGAAAAGAAAACCCUCAGAAGCAGUGUGGAUGAGGCCUCGUUUGUGAAGAGCUGCAGAUUCCAUGUGUCACAGAAGCCAUUGUGCUGUGGGGAGUUUGAAAAGGACUUCCCAACCAUCGUGGGACAUCUACAGCAACAGGCCACUCAUACUGUGGAGAAGCCAAACACAGUCACCCAGUGUGGGUCAACUUCACAAGGCAGGAAAAGCCGUCACACCUGGGGAGAAUGCAAGAAAGCCCUCAGCCCCAAACACACACUUGUUCAGGACCAUGGUGUCCACAGUGGAAGACAGUGUUUUGUGUGCAGUGAAUGUGGGAAAGCAUUCAAAUACAAAUCCUCAUUUGUUCUGCACCAGAGAAUUCACACUGGAAAAAAGCUUCAUGUAUGUGGUGAAUGUGGAAAAUCUUUUAGGCAAAGCUCAACCCUCUGUCAACAUCGAAGAAUUCAUACUGGGGCAAGGCAGUACAAGUGCAGCAAAUGUGGGAAAUCCUUAAGCCACAAAUCUGUCCUCAUUUAUCCCCAUCCAUGGCGCAGUGGAGAAAACAGUUAUGUGUGCAGUGAAUGUUCGAAGUCUUUUAGCCAUAGCUCAGUGUUCAUUCCACAUAGGAGAUUUCAAAUUGGAGAAAGGCCUUAUAAGUGUAGUGACUGUGUGAAAUCUUUUACUUCUAUGUCUGCACUCAGUUAUCAUCAGAGAUCUCACACAGGAGAACGACCUUAUGUGUGCAGUGAUUGUGGGAAAUCUUUUAUCUCUAGUUCUGACCUCCGUUACCAUCAGAGAGUUCAUUCUGGAGAAAGGCCUCAUGAGUGCAGUGAAUGUGGGAAAUCUUUUAUCACUCGUACUGCUCUCCGUUAUCAUCACAGAGUUCACACUGGAGAAAGACCUUACGAGUGUAGUGAAUGUGGGAAGUCCUUUACCCGAAGCGGGUCCCCCGUGGUCAUGGCUAUUAGUUACCUAUUGAAAGAGCUGCCAGUACCUUCUGCAGAGCAGGCAGCUGGUGUCCACACCUAUAAACACUUGUCUUCCUCUGCCGUGCAGACAGUGGGAUCUGCAGCUGUAUUGGGGCCUGUUGAGGUCCUCUGA